AUGGAGCGGGACGACAAGAAAGCCAAGGAUGCCAUCCCAGAAUGGGACGGCAACCCCGGGCGUUGGCGUCACUUCGAGACGGCUGUGAAGUGGUUCCCUCGCACGCUGAAGCGGCAGGAGAGGGACCUGGCGGCGAACCGGAUCAUCGGGCGCAUGCUGCAGAGCAAGACGAUAGCGAUCAGGACGUUUGCGACCACCCUGGAUCCGGACCGAUAUGAGAAUCCGAAUGGCCACCUCCUCCUCUUGGACGACCUGAGGAGCAGCCCGCUGGGGAAGCUUCCGAUCCCGGACGCGGCCCACAAGAUCAAGCAUUACUACAAGGAUUUCAAGCGGCGCAAGGGCGAGACGGUGGGCGCGCUCUUGAUCCGGGAGCAGGACUGCUACUCGGAGAUGGUCCAGGCGCUGGAGCGCCUCCUCGAGGAGAUGGGCGACAAUGACAAGUACAAGCAGUGCCAGGAGUGCUUCGGCUACUUCGAGCGAGACCGAGGCGCAGCUGGACGUGGACAAUGGUACUGCCAGAGGUGCUGGGACACCUGGGACGGCAACCCCGACACCCCGGCGACGGCAGCAGAUGCCGCCCCUGCCGAGGAAGCAGAAGAAGCAGAUGAAUAUGAACGACACUCUACGACGUCUCGCUCGCAGGGCUCUCGAACAGAUCGUUUUCACCGACAAGAAUCCAUGGCAAGCAAGCUCAAGGUUUCGGAGGCGAUGGCAGUGGGCUCUACUUUCUUCGGCCACGCUUCCGGAGUCCUGAAGGUCCUCCGCGGCUUCUUCCUGCUCGAGGCGAUGGACUUCACCGAGAAGGAGAAGCAGGACGUCCGCGUGGUCACGCAGAACCGCUUGGACUUCGACGCGAUCUCCAAGGCCUUGAAGGAGCGCUGGGAGGACAAGGCGCUGGUGCAGCGGGACUUCGGACCGAGGGCUAUGCCUCGGUACGGCCCGGAGUCGGGCCAGCAGUCGGCCCUCGCCGCCGAGUUUGAUGAUGUACACGGGCCUGAUUGGUACGAUGGCUACGCGGCGGCGGUCCAUGCGUGGGAGAACGAAGGGUACGACCACCACGAGGACGAGGACGACUACGAUAUCGAGGAGGAGCCGCAGCUAGCCUCAGAGCCGGAAGGGUCCGAGGCCGUGGAUGAGGAUCUCAACCACCUCAACGAGGAGCUCGAGGCGGCCCAGGCGAUGGCGGCAGAGGCGUCACGCACUCUAGUUCAAGCCAGACAAGCAGUGGCCGCCGCCCAUAAGGAUCGAGGCCCGAAGGGCGGCAAGGGCGGCAAGGGCGGCAAGUACCGCGACAGGGACCGCGACCAGAAGGGCAAGAAUGCGAACUACCUGGAGUUUCACACGAUCACGCACGGGUUCGACGAGCUCCAGGGUAUGUACCAGGCAGAGCAGAACGACAGCGGCCUCGCCCCUUCUGAGGCCAUGGUUGAUUGCGGGGCUUCCGCGUCCGCCGGAGGCGAGCGCGCAGUCCAGGCUCUGGUUGCCGCCGUUGCGGCCGCGAACCCCCAGGCCAGGAUCGAGAUCAACCAAAAUGAAAGACCGUGGUUUCGUUUCGGAGACAAUAAGUGGGGCAAGGCACUGUAUAAGGUUUCGGUCGAGUUCGAGCCGGGCUUCGUUUUGGGCAUCUUCGCUCUGAGUCCUGGUGUGCCUCUCGUUUUGUUGGGAAUGACUGCUCUGGAGUCGUGGCCGGCAAUCGUGAAUUUCCGAACCGGGGAGGCUGUGAUCAGGGGCCAACUGGUGCAGCUUCGCAAGACCCCAGUCAAGGGCCAUUGCAUCCUCGAUCUGGUGAAGCACGUUUCCGAGAUCUUAAACCCGACCGAGCAAAACACCGAGGGUCUUGCAAGGGCGUUUCAGAGAUGCGACUUCCGACAAUCCGCAAGCCGGCGUUUCAGCCAGCACGUUUUCAUGGAGGGCAAGGACGAAUGGGUACCUGUCGACAUGGAUGCCGACAAGAAGGAGGAGGGCACGGAGGUCAAGUCACCUUCGGCGGCAGCGAGCUCCGGACCUACGACCCAGGUCAAGCGGGAGUUCGUCUUCAACGGCCAGAAGAUGGAGUACGUCACCUCGGAGGGCAAGGUCAAGGAGAAAGAUCCGGGCAGCACGCACCAGGGUCGCAAGAAGGAGAAGCAGAUGGAGCUGGACCCGGCGUUCGCGCUGCAGGUGGACCCCCGCGACCCGAGGACCACACGGGGACCGUGCGGCAAGAUGCAUCGCAAGUACUUCACGAUCAACAACCAGUGGGGCCAGACCAGGACAUGCUAUCGGUGCGGGCUGAGGCUGCUCUACAUCCCGACGACGAAGGCGCCGAUGACGAACCUCAGCAUGCAGCAUCCGAAGUUGGUGGAAUCCGGCCUGGAGUUGGUGCGGCACUGCAACCUAUGGGAGACGGCCAAUCACGAGCAGGUGACCGCGAUGAUCAACAUCGCCACCUCCCUCCGGAGGCUUCCCGGGACCGAGAUCCGCCACGCGCCGGACGCGCUGCUGGAGAUGCUGGGGGCAGCGAACCCCAGGUCGCUACUCGCAGGACUGGCCUUGGUCAUGACCGUGGGCACGAUCACCGAGGCGGUGGAGAUCUGCUGCCAUCCCAACAGCAUGCUGACCGACGAGUGCACCAAUAUCGGCCUCAGCAUGGAGAGGAUCAGCAUCGAGAACGGUUACAACCUCAGCACGAAAGCGGGCGAGGUCUACUUCGAGUGGCCCCACAGGUGCCAAGGCUGGAAGAUUCCCGAGCUCAAUUUUCUUCGUAUGGAGUUGAGGCGUCGGGGCCGACACGUCUUCGAGGAUCGGAUCGACGGGUGCAUGUACGGCCUCAGGGACUACAACACCAACGAGCUCGUCGAGAAGGGCUGGAGGAUCCUGACCACCGACCCGGAGUUCUCCAAGGUCGCGACCGUGUGUGACCAUUCACACGGUCACCGAGUCAUCAACGGGAAGCAGCACACCGCAGCCACCGCCUACUACCCGCAGGCGAUGUGCAAGGCGAUCGCCCGGCUGUGGCAUGCUCAACUCCGGACACCGAUCGACCUCAACAUGGCCCUGGAGAACCCUGCUGUCCUAGACCUCGAGAAUACCUACCUGAUGGAGCGGGACACCGGGAGCAUCUACGUCGCUGAGCCCACGGAUCUCGAGAGGGAGCAGGUGCGCGCGAUGUUGAGCAGGAUCCACAAGGCUGCAGGCCACCCAGGGAACGAGCACUUGGCGUACUGGUGCAAGAAGCGGCAGUGUCCACGCUGGAUCAUCGAAGAAGCGAUCAACCUUCGCUGCGAGGCGUGCGACCUGGUCAAGCACGGCCUCUCCCACAAGGUCAAGGCGAGCCUCGAUAUCCCCAUGGCACCUUGGCAGGCAGCCGUCAUGGACGUUUCUGACCUGACGUUCCCGGACUUGAAUGUGAAGGCCCGGUUUCUCCUCAUCGCAGAGGUCGCCACCGGCCUGAUGUGCGGGGACAUCACUGCGAAGAUCGGCCUCAAGGACAAGGGCACCGAUUCGUCAGCUACGCUGUUCACGACGUUUGCCAGAGCCUACCUUCAACAUUAUCCAAAGCCAAGGUGGGUUUUCGUCGAUCCUCAGACCUCUUUUGUGGGCGGCGAGUUUAAAGACAACUGCCAGUUGGCCGGCAUCGGCGUCUCAGCGAAACCAGGAGGAGCACAUUGGAUGGCUGGCGACAUCGAGCGCCGCAUCUCGAUCGUCAAGCAGGUGAUGAGGAAGCUUCGCCUACAAUAUCCCAAGCUGAGUCCCGAGACCGUGUUUUACAUCUCGAUUGCGGCGGCCAACAACAUGGACAACAUCAAGGGCUACACGCCGAUGCAGUGGGCUUUCGGGUUUUCUCCGACCGAGGACCCUAUCUUGGCGCACAACGCAGCUACCGGCAAGUUGAAGUCCGACUUCUUCGAGAUCGAGCGGGUGCGAGCGGAUGCGGAGGCCACCUACCUGAAGGAGAAGGCGUCCAGGAAGAUCUCAGAGCUUAAGAACUCAGCCCCACGACCUCGACAUGAAUAUAAACGAGGCGACUGGGUCUGUGUCUGGCGGUCGUAUGCCGCGACAGGAAAACGAAAGCUCUCAGGGCAGGACUUCUUCACGGACGGCUUGUUCAUCGGACCGGGCCGGGUCUUGUUCUCCGAGCCGGCGGUUCAGACCGGCAACAAGGACGGCGUGAUCUGGGUCAUCAUGGGCAACCGAUGCUGGCGCUGCGCAGCUGAGCAGCUGCGGCCAGCCACGCAGUCGGAGAUCGUCCAGAUCAACCUGAAGAAGGACGACAUCCUCAACAGUCCGCUCGAGGACGUCUGGAGGCACCUCCAGGACUUUGACGACAUAGCCGGGGAGCCCUACCCAACGGCAGAUGGCAUGAGGAUGCUGCCGCGGCAACCUCUGGAAGGCAUGCCGAGGGUGAUCGAGAACCCCGAUGUGGCCGUGGAACCCCACGACGUCACGGAGGCAGAGGGCGACCAGGAGGUAGACGAGGCGGCGAGCGACCACGCGGAAGCAAGCGAGAUCGACAUUAUCAACUUCGUGCAGGAUCCGAAUAACGAGUCCGAGAUGGACCUGAUGAAGAUCGAGAUCGAGGCCGACCUUGAGGAGUUCUGCUUCGAUGCGAGCGCGUACUUGGAGAAGCAGCUGAACCGCGUGGCCAACAACACGGUCAAGAAGGGCGUGGAGGUUUCGUUUGGCCGCCUGAGCCCCGAAGACAAGCCACUGUUCCAAGAGGCAAUGGCACGGGAGCUGGCGGAACAUCUGGAAGUACCGACAGUCCGGGCUGCAUCUGCUUACGCUGACUACAAUCAUGGAAAAGAUAUUCCAGCGGACAAGCUGAUCAAGAUGAGGUGGCUACUGACCUGGAAGCCUCUGACGCCACCUGAACCGCCGGACAAGUCGGACCCACACCCCGUGAGCACGCCGGACGGGAAGUUUAAGGCGAAGGCCCGUAUCAUUCUGUUGGGCUUUUCACAUCCGGACCUUGUCAGUCGAGACAAGUUCGGAGAUCGGGUGCUUCCUACGGCGUCGCCAACAAGUUCAAGAAAACGGAAGCUGGCACUCCUCCAGAUGGCUGCUUUUCACGGCUGGACCUUCGAGCUAGCCGACGCGAAGUCUGCCUUCCUGCAGGCCGGGCACACUGAGGAGUGGAGGAAGCUCUACACCAAGGGCGUGAAGGAGCUUCGGCAGGCCUUGCAGAUCAGCGAGGAGGAGUCCAUGCGAGUCCUGGCGGCGAUCUACGGGAUCACGAAUGCGCCGUGGGUCUUCUGGAAGUAUGUGGACCACAAGAUCCACGAGGCAGGAGGCAAGAGCGUCCUCAUCGAGCCGUGCAUCUGGAUCAUUCAGGAUCAGGACGGCACCGUGUGCGGGGUCAUCGGCUCGCACGUGGACGACUUCGGCAUCGCGGGCGACAGCGACAACAAGUUCUACCUCGACAUGAAGAACAUGCUGAAGGAGAUGCUGCGGUGGUCUCCAUGGCGAAGCACGCCGUGCAUGUGGGCAGGCAUGUGGAUCACACAGGAGCCGUCGGGUAAGAUCCAUGCCAGCCAGGAGGAGUUCUGUCACCAGCUCCUCGAGAUCAGGGUCGAGUCCGGCAAGUAUCUCUCGAAGGAUGACAAGCUCAAGCCGGAGGACGUCACCCAGUUCAGGGCGGGCCUGAUGAAAUGCCAGUGGAGAGCGACGCAGACAGCACCGCAGUUCUCGUGCCGGGUGUCACUGUUGGCUCAGCGGGUGAACGAGGCGACGUUCGGGGACCUGAAGGACACGAACGCCCUCAUACGAGAUGUGAAGCGGACCGCUCGUGACUCAUUGGUGUUCCACAACUUCAACAGCAACUGCGGCGGUAAGCUGAAGUGGGACGACCUAGUGAUUGUGACGUGGGUCGACGCAAGCAGGCUACUCCAACGAGGCGGCUACAUCGUGGGUUUCACGAUGGCCGAGAUUCUCAAGCAGAAGGAAUGUGCGGUCUCUAUCGCCGACUGGAGAUCGUACAAGCUCAAGCGCACCGGCAUCGGCACCAAUGGCUGCGAGGGCCAGGCUCUGUACGACGGAGAGAACGCCGCGUACUUGAUGCGCUUGCUGUGGUCAGUCAUGCACGGAGUUCCAGUUACCGCGCACACCCAGGAGGAAGUGGCGCAAUCUAUGACCUCAGUGCUGGUGAUCGACAGUCGGGGAGUUUACGACUCGGUUCACAACAAGGAGAGCUUCGGCAUAGGCCUGAGCGACGCGAGGACCGGCGUGGAGGUAUUGCACGUGAAGGCGAACUGCGGGCCCGAGAAGAAUCAGCACCUGGUCUGGGUGCCCUCGGACCUCAACCUCACCGACGGCCUCACGAAGGACAGUCCUGAGGCUAGGAAGCCUCUGGCGCUGUGGCUUGCGCGGCGCACCUGGAUCAUCAGGUACGACGAGGAUUUCAUGUCAGCCAGGAAACGACAGCGAGCUAACAAACUCGCUCAGGACAAGCCGCAGCCGACUACUGACGCUGAAGCCGAGGCCGCCGACGCUUUAGCUUUUCUCGACCUAUCUUGA